CUUGCACAAAUACUUCCAAAGCAAUCAAUCAAAAUUCCAAAGCAAAAAAUGAGAGAAGCAGAAAUAUCAAAGGAGGAAGCAAUUGAAUUUGCAGUAGAAGAAGAAGAGAGAAUUCAAAUUCUGAGAUCUAAAGCUACAGAGCUUCUCCUCAGAGAAGAAUACAACGACUCCAUCAAAACCUACUCCCAAAUUAUAUUUCUCUGCCAAGAAUCGAUUUCCCCUAAAUCCACCCAAUCCCGUCUCUCAAAUAUCCACCGAACCCUCUGCUUAGCCUUCUCCAACAGGGCCGAGGCCCGGGCCCGUCAAUCGGAAUUCUCCGAAGCCCUGCGAGACUGCGAGGCCGCACUGAGCAUCGACAAAUCCCAUUUCAAAACCCUUCUCUGCAAGGGCAAAAUCCUCCUGAGUUUGAAUCGCUACGCCGCCGCGCUGGAUUGCUUCAAGCAGGCGAAUCUCGAUCCAUACGCCACUGAGAAUUCCGAUUUGGUUAAUGGGCUGUUGAAGAAGUGCAAAAAGCUCGAAUCUUUAUCGAGAUUGGGCGCAUUCGACAUCUCCGAUUGGGUUCUCGGCGGUUUCCGGGGGAAAACGCCGGAGCUCGCGGAGUAUAUAGGCGCGGUGGAGAUCAAGAAGUCUGAGAUCAGCGGGCGUGGCCUGUUUGCGACGAGGAAUGUCGAGAGCGGGACGUUGAUGGUGGUGACGAGAGCUGUGGCGGUUGAUCGGGCUAUAAUGCCUCAAGAUUCAGGGGAGAAUGCACAUUUAGUUAUAUGGAAGAACUUCAUUGAUAAGGUUGUGGAGACUGCCAAGAAUUGUGAGUAUGUAAGCAACUUGAUUUCGUUUCUCUCUGCAGGCGAUGAGCCUCUUGAAGCUCCAGACAUGGAGGUUUUUCGGCCAGAGGCAGAUGUUGGAAUUGGGGAUUUUAGUGGGAGAGUGGAUAAGGAGAGAUUGCUUAGCAUUUUAGAUGUGAAUUCAGUUCUUGAAGAUGCUAUUUCAGCCAAGGUUUUGGGGAGAAAUGCAGAUUAUCAAGGAGUAGGUUUGUGGAUAUUGGCCUCAUUUAUCAAUCAUUCUUGUGAUCCGAAUGUGAGGCGGGUGCACGUGGGCGACUACAUGGUGGUCCACGCGGCACGGGAUGUGAAGGCCGGGGAGGAGCUCACGCUGGCCUACUUUGACGUGCUGGCGCCUCGUGAGAAACGGAGGGAGAUGGCUGACAAUUGGGGAUUUGUGUGUGGAUGCAAGAGGUGUUUGUUUGAAGAUGGUGUUUGCUUCAAGAAUGAAAUGAGGGAGAUGGAGAUGGCGAUGGGGAAAGGGGUGGUGGAUGUGGGGAGCUUGGUGUAUAGAUUGGAGGAAGGGAUGAGGAGAUGGAUGGUGAGAGGGAGAGGGAAAGGGUAUUUGAGGGCCUCAUUUUGGGAGGCUUAUGAGAAAGUGUUUGGAUCAGAGAAGGUGAUGAGGAAGUGGGGGAGGAAGAUCCCGGGGGCUGAGGCUGUCGUGGAUAGCGUUGUGCACGUGGCUGGCAGCGACGAGAGGAUCGUGAGGGUGUUGGUGGAGGGGCUGAGGAGAGGUGGAGGAGGUGUUAAUGGUGUGGUGGAGAUGGAGAAGAUGAUCAAGUUGGGGAGAGGGGUUUAUGGGAAGAUGAUGAAGAAGCAAGCUAUUGGGGCAUUGCUUCAGUUAUAUGGUCAGGAAUGAUGUUUUUUUCUUUUUUCUUGAGUUUCAUUAGCUAGUGUUUUCUCUCAAGUCAUCUUGAGAGAUGAAUUCAUGUUGUUGGUGGAUUUAACUCAACUUUUAUUGGGCUUAAGCCAAGCUUCACAAUA